AUGUGUACACUCAGAAAAGAAGCUGCCAAUUUGCCUUUAACAACCGUGGACUGCAGCAUUUACAAGAAGUACCCAGUGGCAGUCAUCCCCUGCCCCAUCACAUACCUGCCAGUUUGUGGUUCUGACUAUAUCACAUAUGGGAAUGAAUGUCUCUUGUGUUCUGAGAGCUUGAAAAGUCAUGGAAGAGUCCAGUUUCUUCAUGAAGGAAAUUGCUAAAUUCUUCAUGGACAUGGGUAGAAAGCAAUGAUAUUCUCAUCAUCCUCUUCACACUGCCAGCCUCUGACUGACUUUCCUUCAUCUUCGCUGAUGUUCUGGGUGGGAGCAGAGCCAGGUUCAGAGUCACCUUUAUUAAAUGAAGAAAGUCGUUGUGCUCCUUCUACAUAGUCAUGCCCCCCUGACAGACUGGCUUAUUUUUAUACCUCAAUAAAAGAAUCUCCCGAGAAAGUUUACUUUUUACUUCUGUUUGUGUUUGUUUUUUAGACCAGGAUGUAAUAUCUCAAUUAUAGAAGAAAAUUGAGGAACACACUAAGCCUGUUGUUCAGGAGAAACUUUUAUACAAAGAAUCCCAGCUUCUGAGAAACACAUGCACACAUUCCACCCCCCCACACACAAUACAUACACACACACAAUACAUACAUACACGCACAAUACAUACAUACACACACAUAAUACACACACACACACACACACAAAUACUAGUGAACACCUUAUUCUUUUGUGAAGUCUUUCUCCACUGGGAACUAGUCUACAGACCAUACUGUCUCUCUAUCUUGUUCUCUAGACCAAAGAUCCUUAAAAGGGAACCUCUCUCAUUCCAACAAGUCACUUAUAGAAGGAAAGUUUUCCUACCAAUUUCUUUCCAGAAAGAUACUAUGCUUUCUCACAGGUCAGCUCUACUAGAGCACUGAUGGAAAAGUCACUGUUUCAUGAAGAAGUAUGUCCUUCACUGUAGAGGUCUGAUUGUUGGGACAGUAUACUUACCCACAGUUGAAAACUACAUGCAUGAGGAUGUCAACCAUCAGAGCUAGUGAGACCAUAUUACAAGGAAGUUCACUUUUUUUUUUCCCAAUUAACAGAGUUUCCAAUAUUUGAAGAUAAAUAUUCUGUCUCCAUUAAAAUUUAUUUUCUCCAGGAUAAAAACCUCUGGUUAACCCUUUCUCCUGUCUUAUCUCCCUUGUAUAUUUCUAGCCUUGACCACAUUGCCUGGAUCUAUUACAAUUAGGGAUUGGCCAUCUUAAAGUACGUCAAUAUGUUGGACUAAUCACUCUAAAUUUUGUCUGACAGAUGCAAAGAAAUCAAAACUAUCACUCCUCUACUAAUCAUUUCCUUCUAUUAAAGCAGCCUGAUGCACCAAGGACCAUAAUUAUUAUGUAGAAACAUCAUUAGAAUGAAACCUGAUGUGCUUGCAAAUAACAAGCUUGCUGCAUAAGAAUAACGAGAAGCCAAUUAAAGAUGCCAGGACCUCGCCCCACAAAUUAUAAUUCAAUAGAACUGAGAAAAGCCCUAAAAACAAUCUGAAUUUUUAAUUUGCAUACAUUCAGAAUUAGAAAAUUCAAAAGUAGACAUUCCACCUAGCUCAAUACAAGAAGGUCCCCGUGGAAAGCAAAAUCACUACUGCAUGAGAUUAACAAGAAAUAUCUCUUAGAGAAGAUGAAAUUUGAUCUGGGCCCAACAUGGCAGAACUGUGGUUAUUCACCAGAGUCAUUCUUGACAAAUGGGAUCUGAAUCAAAACUCCACUUCUCUUGCUAAUUGGCCUAUAACAAAUCCCCCUCCCCAACAGGCUCUGUGCAGAUACAUAUAAACAGGGCCUCUGGUAGGAGAGUUUAGC